AUGUGUCUUUCUAAGCCAAUUGAGUCGAGCGCUCUCAGUGAGCCCAAAUAUAUUAACUUUCCCUCUUUACCCACAGAUGCGAAGCACCCAGAUGGCUCCCUCGUACUCAAUCGUCAUUCACACACAAUAACUAAGGGCCAUGACUUCCCUGGCGCUCGGGCCAUGCUGUAUGCUGCCGGUGUCCCCGAUACAGAAGCGAUGGCCAAGAGCCCACAUGUUGGUGUGGCCUCAGUAUGGUGGGAGGGAAACCCUUGCAACAUGCACUUGAUGGAUCUGGCCAAAACCGUCAAGAAGUCUGUUGUGGACCUGGGCAUGCUUGGAUGGCAGUACAACACCAUUGGUGUUUCCGAUGCAAUCACCAUGGGCAGCGAAGGUAUGAGAUUCUCCCUCCAGACUCGAGAAGUCAUUGCCGAUAGUAUUGAGACUGUCACCUGCGCGCAAUACCACGAUGCCUGCGUUGCCAUUCCCGGCUGCGACAAGAACAUGCCCGGUGUUGUAAUGGGAAUGGCUCGUCACAACCGGCCAUCAAUCAUGAUCUACGGAGGAACCAUUGGCAUUGGAUACUCCGAGCACCUGCGCAAGCCCAUCAAUGUCUCAACAUGCUUUGAGGCCGCGGGUGCUUACGCCUACGGCACGCUGCGCCAGCCCGACGAUGGCGGCGACACGACCAAGACCCAAGACGAAAUUAUGGAUGACUUGGAAAAGCAUGCUUGCCCUGGCGCUGGCGCCUGUGGCGGCAUGUUUACGGCGAACACCAUGGCUACGGCUAUUGAGUCGAUGGGACUGUCUCUUCCCGGGUCGUCGUCGACGCCCGCUGAAUCACCGUCCAAGAUGCGCGAGUGCGUCCGCGCUGCAGAGGCUAUCAAGGUCUGCUUAGAGAAGAAUAUCAAGCCCCGGGAUCUGCUCACCAAACGAUCUUUCGAGAAUGCUCUCGUCAUGACCAUGGCGCUCGGCGGUAGUACCAAUGGUGUUCUUCAUUUCCUAGCCAUGGCCCGGACAGCCAAUGUUGACUUGACGCUGGAUGACAUCCAGCGAGUCAGCAACAAGAUCCCCUUUAUUGCCAACCUUUCUCCCAGCGGCAAGUACUACAUGGCGGAUCUGUACGAGAUCGGAGGAAUCCCGUCCGUCCAGAAGCUAUUGAUCGCAGCGGGUCUCCUGGACGGCGAUAUCCCGACUGUGACGGGUAAGACGCUAGCCGAGAACGUCGCAUCAUUCCCUUCGCUGGCCGAGGGCCAGGACUUGAUCCGCCCCCUGAGUAACCCAAUCAAGGCAAGCGGCCACCUGCAGAUCCUUCGUGGAAACCUUGCUCCAGGCGGCGCAGUCGCCAAGAUAACCGGCAAGGAAGGACUAAGCUUCACCGGCAAAGCGCGCGUCUUCGAUAAGGAGCACCGCCUCAACGAGGCGCUCAACGAAGGCCGCAUCCCACGUGGCGAGAACCUCGUCAUCAUUGUGCGCUACGAGGGCCCCAAGGGUGGCCCAGGAAUGCCGGAACAGCUCAAGGCCAGUGCCGCUCUAAUGGGAGCCAAGCUGACCAAUGUGGCGCUGAUCACCGACGGCCGGUACUCCGGCGCCAGCCAUGGCUUCAUUGUCGGCCACAUUGUGCCGGAAGCCGCUGUUGGCGGUCCGAUCGCCCUCGUGCGAGACGGGGACGUUAUCACCAUCGAUGCUGAGACAAAUAGUCUAUCUAUGGAUGUAUCAGAUGAGGAGCUUGAGGAGAGACGACGCCAGUGGACGCCUCCUUCACCGCAAAUCACCCGCGGUGUGCUGGCCAAGUACGCCCGAUUGGUUAGUGAUGCGUCACAGGGAGCCAUGACUGAUUUGUUUUGA